AUUUAUUUGCUUUUUUCUGAUUGGUUGGUCUAUUGGGCACCAGCUUAGCGACUUUGAGUGUAGUUGACAUCCUCAACCUGCCGAGCAAAAGGUAUUUCAUAGUUGCAUACACUCCAGCGGGAUUUAUUUGCAGGGACAUUACCAGACACCAGGAGGGUGUCGCAGCACAGGAUCAGUGCAAAUAUCCAGCAAGGGACAAGCGACGUUUGUAGAAGACAGUCCAACAACCAACCAAAACACAUAAAAACAAAAAAUUCCAGGUGACAGAUUGCGUGACGAUAAUCUGUUAUGGCGAUCAUCUUCAUUGUGCUGAGUGUCAUGUCGAUCGAGUUUUCGACAGGGCAAGACUGUUUGAGAAGAGACUCCUACCCCAAUAUCCCUCGCAAUGAGACUGAUCAGAACGUCACGUACUACUGUAGCGACGUCACCAAGAAUGCCAUCAUCACCAUCAACAACUCGUGCAAAUGUCUGACCCCUGAUGAGGCAGUGAAGGACUGGGCCGACACAACCAUGGAUAAAGGUCGCAUGUGUUCCCAGAAGUCUUGUCCCAGCGGGGAAGUCAGCUGUUCAGAGGUUACAGCGGGGUCAAAGGUGUUCUCCUGCACCAACACUCAGUCCAUCAGAAGUGUCGUCUUCAACACAUCUAACUCGAACUCCGUGGGCUGCCGGUGUUGGGGAUAUCCAGCCCCUGUUCUGCCUCCAGAUGCAUACGUCUUUCCCCUGAAUAGGAAAUACACUUCUUCCGGUGAGCAGUGCCUGUAUGGCGCUCUCUGUGACGACAACCCCACCCGUAUCAUUUCGCUGAACGACAACGUCUACUGCUGCUACAACAGCCGGGGCGUCUCCAUCACAAGCAUCAACGACAGCACCAUGGGUUGCACAUGCUCUAACGAGUUUCAGGGGGCAUAUUUGGUCUCCUUCUUCUCCAACCAACGGUCCCUUCCUAACACACAACUAAGGUGCUGGACCAACGCUGCCUGUCCUCCCGGAGACAACCCAACGAGUGUCACGACUGAUGGCGUCACGUACUGUUGUCCCGACCUCCGCAGCAUGCCACACCUGCAAAUUUUUGAAGGAACAACUCGUAGAUACCUCUGUACCUGCACCUCCUUACCUCAGGCGACAAAUCAGACCACAGGGCAGGCUAAAGGUCAAGUACCUCAGGUCACACCGUCGAUGCACUUGUGUGUGGUUGUCGGGCUUUUUGCCAGUCUGUUUGGAAAUUAUGCUGGCUAGUGUGAAUCGAUCGAGCUGACAGACAGACACACAGACAGACAGACAGACAGACAGACAGACAGACAGACAGACAGACAGACAGACAGACAGACAGACAGACAGACAGACAGACAGACUUUCUAAAAUGAAUUAUGCUUUAUUUCAAGUAGUUUAAGCAAUCAUGAAUAACAUUCUUACUUUACACACAUAAAAGACUGAAUGGAGAGCUCCUUCUUUUAUAAAACAGAUGUGAUUACAAAUUUGUUUUCGAGCCUCUUCUGAAAGUGGACAAUAGAUAAAACUAAAUUUCUUUACCCAACCAGCCGACUAAUAUAUAUCAAAUUAAUAUUACCGCUCUGCUAACGCCGAUAAAACUAAAUCUUAUUUUGUAUUCCGUUUGUUUUUAUUCAAAAAUGUGAGAUGUCAGACUUCAUUUAAUCAUAUAACAUGGUUCACAGUCAAUGUGCAGAAUCAGUCUUACUCAUUUCUUACCUGUGUACAUUCCCUUUCAUUCUGUACCACCAAUGAUCCUUUAUCAAAUGUAGAAAUAAUUGCACAGUUCAGGUAAUCUAUCUAUAUCGAAAUGUUUCCUCCCAUCAAGUCUUCUACCUUUAUUAGCGAUCAUUUCCACACUUUGGUAUCACUGGAGCCGAAGGUCAAAAUAAAACUGUUGUUGAACUCUCUGGUAACAAACAAUAAACUUCUAAGAUCAGGUGUCCAGAGGUUCACUUUCAAUACUUACUGUACAUCAUAGAGUAAACCGAAAGUAUUUUAUUCCUCAACAUUUUCUGUGACACAAACGGAACACUUGUUAAUGUUCCUGUAUGUGUGUCAUAGUUUUGGAAUAUUUCCUAAUAAGUACACACAUUCUAAAUCUGAAUGAUGUUUACAAAAUAAUGUGAAUAACUUUAAACCAAUAUCACCUAUGUUUAACAAAAGAUUUCAAAAAUGUAAAAACAAAUUUUUCUAUGUAAAAGAAUAUAACGUAAAAAUUGUUUAAAAAUGAGAGUGAAAUACAAAUUUUGUAAAACCUUUUGUUCUGCGAAAAAUCUCCGCACAUUGUUAUAUUUUUACCUGUCUUCACAUCUGUGGGCUCAGUGAAGACCUCACCAGACAUUCCCGCUUUAAGUGAAUUAAUUAAAGGUCUUCUAUAUUCACUGAUUGUCUUGGUUUUGUGUAUUUCUGUCUGAGUUUGAAAGACUUUUUAAAUAAUUUAAACGGCAUACAUGGCGUGGGACAGUUACUUGACUUAUGGUCACUCUGAAUUGAGAAAAAUUUCUCCAACUUAACUCCCUUGCCUCAUCCCCUAUCCGUUAAUUUGGUUAGAA